AUGGCCGCAUAUGCUGACGAGUCGGCCUUCCGGAGGUCCAUGGCUUCCAUUAGCAGUUGGGAGUCUGUUUCAAAGAUGACCCUCAGGCUGCCCAGCCAGACUUACAUGCUACUACUCCAACCAGAAGCGGCUAAUCUGCUAUCGUUUUUCUCUUCAACGUUUGCAGGUACAGCAACACUACAUUCUAGACCUGCUCGAUACAGCCUUUGCAAGCACAGCAGGUACCUCAAGAGCCUUUCUUGUUUGAUGGAAAGUGCAAACAAAGGAGGGUUUCGCCUUUUCAGGUGCCUCAAGUGUUUUGACAUUCUACGACAGCCUCGAAAUGUUUCACUCUACUACUCCGGUGGAUGUAACAUCGCCAUUAGAGCUAAAAUCAAUGUCAAGGGCGGACCCAGAAAUUACUUACAGCUUCUCAUCCUCCCUUACGUUACCUUAAGUUCUUUAUGUAUCAGCUUCAUUUCAUUUCUAACGAAGAUUAUAAGCUGGACUUCUAGACCUAGCCACCGGGGUGCAGAUUUGCCACUGAGCAAUGGGGUGUCUCCCCAAACCAAGGAACUGGAUUCCAUGGGUGUUGCCGCUAAUGAUUCUUGCACUACUCUGGGUGCUCCAAGCUUUGAGAGCAAUGGCACGGGUAGAAACGAGAAUGAGAAUGUUAUGAUAGCUGAAAAAAAUGUCAUGGUGGUUUCACAUACCGAGAGCAAUGAAGAUGACAAUUCUGAUGGCAGGAGCACCAUUGGAGAAAUGGGAGAUCUGAACAGUGCAACUGUGGCGCCAAGGGUUUUACCCUUCCAUUUAUUGGAAAAUAUUACAAAUGGUUUCUCUGAGGACCGGAAACUUGGUGCGGGUUCGUAUGGAAAUGUUUACAUGGGAGAACAUGAAGACGGGGAAAGAAUUGCUGUGAAGGUGCUUCAUUACACUCCAGGACUUGAUGAGCAAUUUGAGAAGGAGUAUCUCAACCAUGCAAGCCUCCAACACAAAAAUAUUGUGCGCUUAGUUGGCUAUUCUCAUGAAACUCAUUGUGUAUACCAACCAUAUAAUGGGAAAAUGGUUUUCGCGGAGAUGAGAAAAAGGGCGCUUUGCUUUGAAUAUAUGACUAAUGGAAGCCUUGACAAAUUUCUUUCUGAUGAAUCUAGUGGACACGAUUGGUGCACACGCUAUGCAAUAAUUAAGGGGAUCUGUGAGGGUAUGCAAUACCUGCAUGAGGAAUUGGGUUCCCCUUUAUAUCAUUUGGAUUUAAAACCAAGCAAUGUAUUGUUGGAUGAGAACAUGGUUCCAAAAAUAGCAGAUUUCGGCUUGUCAAGGCUCGGAGGAGAACACACACAAAUGACAAAAAAUGCUAUGGGAACACCGUAAGCUAAUUAAUUUCCCACGCGAAUAAAAUAUUUUUAAAUAUUUUAACAAAUUCUAUAUAUUUGCAUUGGACCAAUGUUAUUGGUAACAUGUAUGAUGUGCCAUGCAGUGGGUACUUACCGCCAGAGUACAUAGAUGCAGGUGUAAUCUCAAUUAAGUUUGACAUAUUCAGUUUGGGUGUUGUAAUCAUAAAGAUAAUGACCGGACCAACAGGUUACUUCAGGAUUGCUGAAAUGUCUCCCAAAGAAUUCGCCGAGCUUGUACAUGUGAAUUGGAAGAAUAUGCUACAAGCAAAAUCAUUGUAUGAGCCAUAUUCCGAACAAGCAAAGCAAUGCAUCGAAAUAGCUUUACGCUGUGUGGAUGCUGAUAGACACAAGAGACCGAGCAUAGGGGUAAUCAUCGAUAAGCUAAAUGAGAUGGAGACUGUGCUACAACUUCUUGAGGCGUCAAGGAAUGACACAGGUGUUGGAGUUAAACACGAAUAGUAUGUCACGUGUCCGGUUCCGUGUCCGUGUUGGCUUCAAAGUCAUUGCCGAGUAGGAUUGCUAGUAGACAUAGGUUAGCUACUAGUAUAUAUACUUGACUAGCCCUGUAAACUUUGUACCAC